UGUAUAGGGACAGAAAAAUUUAAAUUUCCCUAUUAUCAGCCUGCUAUUUUAACGGGUGUUAGGCCAUGUAUCCAGAAGAGAGAUAUAAACUGUAAAGCUACGAUUAAUAUAAUAUUUUUCGGAGUUAUUUUAAUCACAUUCACGUGAUGUUAAGUAAAAAACAGUAUGAUUUAGAAGGUCUCUGCGUCACUAUGAUAACUAAUGGCUAACUGGCUGUAAUAAAAUGAGAGAGGAAACAACAGAUUAAUGAUAUGGUGUUAGUCACAGCUUCAUGAGGAGGUGAAAACGUGAGAUAGUAGAAGACAGGUGAAAGGUUUACACUACUCAUGGUGGUAGCCGUAGUCAUAAUGCUAUGAUCUGGAGCAAAGUCCAUAGUCACAAAUGGAUAGAAACCUGUUAUAUAUUCACACACACACACACACACACACGUACUACACAAGCAGUGUUGUAGGUUAGAGGUGAGUUCUUCAUUUGCCAUUUGCUACUCAAAUAUGCUACGUUACCCUUCAAAAGAUUGUUUAAAUGUUUUGAAAGAGGUCUCUUAUUUGCUCACUUGCUCUGUUAUGUUUUAUUAAAAGUAAACGUUAUGCAUUAUCAGUGUCACAUGGUCCUCCAGAAAUCAUUAAAAAAAUACUUUUCUUAGAACUAAAUUCUGAAAUUGUAUCCUUGCUAAAUGAAAAUAUAUUGGCUAUAUAAUAAAAUAAUACAUAAAUGUGUAUUAACAGUUAAACGGUACGAACAUGUAAGUUAUGCGUUGCUUGUUUCCGUUUCUUUUGCUUAUUUCAUUGUCUCUUUCCUCAAAGUUAAGAUUUAUUACUAUUUUUACGAUCUUAUGUUUAUUUGAUUAAACUGAACACUUUGUAAAGGAAAACUGUCCUUCUUUUCUCACUCUGUUAUAUUUUGCAUGUCUAAUGUUUAUUUGUGGACAUGUUAGUCAGCAAGCUCACAGAAAUGACAGACAGUCCAAAUAUAGAUGAUCAGCUUUUUGACAAAAGUUUGUAGGUUUGACCCCAGUGCUGGUGGUAAAAUAAAUAUUUUGGUGUCUAACCCUUUGCAUUUGCCCUGAAUUAAGAUCAUUUUAUAAUAAUUGUAAUAAAAAGUGUUUUACAUGUUUUAAAACAUCUGUUCUUAGUGGUAGGAACAAUUUCCACAAGAAUGAAAAGAAGGACCAAAGUAUAAAAGGGAGUGCCAUUCUACUCCACAGGCCUGAGAAAAUAAAAUAAUACAUGGGAGAUGGACAGAAAUAUUAAUUCCCAGUGAAGCAGUAAACCGUAGACUUAAUAUCUGCAUACCAGUCUUUGACAUUUGAAGGAAAACUGGCAGAUGUACAGCUUGAAAAAUGCUUUAAUAGAAGAGUAAGAAGACUCUUUUUCAUAUUCUGUUCUUUAGCAAAGAAUAAAACACGAGAUGACUUUCAACAGCACUAUAACCAGGAUCGGUGUAUGGGGAAAAACGUGACACUCCCUUAAACACUAUGUGAUAUAUCUUAUAUUGGUGGGGUUGUAAAAAUCAACUUCCUAACUCUGUUUAUCUACAGUUGACUUCUCUUAUGUAUAAUCCAUAAUACACAAUUAUUGCUCCAUAUAUAAAUGUAUAUAAUACAUAAUUUGUAAUAAUUGCGUUGACGUUUUCUAUGUCUGGUCAAAUAUCCUGUGAAGACUUUAUAGGGAACUGUCCAGGCAUUGAAAUGUUUGCUAGGUCACAGUGAAAUUCAUACAUGCUAAUAAACGUGUGUUUAUAUGUGAAGCGACACCUGGUCUUUCUACAGGUGAUCUGAUUGGUCCAUCAUGUGGGCUUGGGCAUUACUUCCCGUCACCCUGGCAGUGUUUGGGAUUAUUGGGAUGUGGGCUGUGUAUGCCAUAGCUGUGUCCAAUAACACUGUUAAUAUAACCGAGGAAUUCCCUUUCAUUAGCACAUGUGGCUCAUACAACCCCCAGAGCUGCCUGUUUUCUCAGAUCUGCAACAUAUGCUGUGUGUUGGCUUUGUGGAUUGUCACAAUCAGAUUUCAGCAGGUCCGUGAUUUGGGUUCUGGGUCUCAUUUAAACACGGCCGGUUUAGUUCUGGGCUACAUCUCUAGCAUUGGGAUUUCCAUUCUAGGAAACUUCCAGCAAUCUGUAUUGAUGGGGGUUCAUCUGUUUGGGGCGCUCGUGGCCUUCUUCCUGGGUUUGGUUUAUUUCUGGAUCCAGGCGUGGCUUUCGUACUACAGGCCGCUGUCACAUGACGCCAGGUGGGUGGUGCCAGUGCGCAUCAUCCUCUGCAGCCUGUGCACUUGUUUGGUCAUCUGCAUGUUAGUUCUCUUUAAAACAGGGUUUCGCUCUGAAGCUGCUAUAUGUGAGUGGGCUCUGGUCAUGUGUUUUUUUGCACUCUUUGCAAUUUUUGGAGCAGAUUUCAGACACAUUGACUGCCACAAGCUCACUGUGCAGAACAAGGAAAGGAGAAGCAGCAGUGAUGUUAAUGGUGUGUGGACAUUACAGGAGAUUCACUAAGGAACAUCUGGCAAGUUGUGGCUGUGUGGUAAUCAGACAGAUAUAUUUAAUGUGGACACAAUGAACUAUGACCUGCUCUACUCUGCUAAAUGCACUGAAACACAUUUUACAAUAUAAAUUAUAUGUUGUAGAAAUGCUAUGAUGAAUUCAUGAGCAUAUUGUUUACUUGACAUUUACAUGAUGUUAAAUUAUAGUUUAUCAUUAAAUAUGUUUUAUCAGUGUAGUUUUCCAGGAGACUAUUUCAGUGAACAAACAAUUAUACUUCAUCCUGGACCUAUUUGGUCUGUUUUGAAGUGUUAAAGACUUUGUUUGCGAAAUGUUGUAAAAUAUAUUAUGUAAUAAAUGUAACUUCACUCUAUCUGACCAUUAUAAAAAAGCUGUUAUUGAAUAUUAAUAUAUAUAUUUUAUAAAUAAAAUGGUA